AUGGUCGUAGUUACGCUGGUUUGCGCCAUCGUCGGUGUGCCUGACAGCAACUUCGUCGUGGACAUUGACACGAGCCGACUGGUAGGUCACUUAAAGAAUGCAAUCAAGGAGAAGCAAGGACCGAAAAUCACUUGCGUUGCCAGUGACCUGCAGCUCUAUCUGGCGAAAAAGGACAGGACGUGGCUGUCAUAUGACGCUGAUCUGGACGAAUUGCUUCGGACUGAAGAAUUUCUGGAUCAUAUGGAGAAGAUGGACGCGUCGUGGAAAUUAGGCAGGUCAAGCCUGUUCGGUUCCGGUCUUUUUCUUGGAGAAGACGUUGUCCACGUGUUGGUGGUGCUUCCGCAGACUGUCACGUCAGGAAAAUUGAAUCUGGGUAUUCGACUGGCGAAAUUCUGGAAAGCGUUUCGAGAAGAUUACACCAAUACCGACCUCAUUGCUGGUAAUCUUAUCGCAUUACCAGAAAACACAUUUAUUCUUGGCCAGGAGAAAUAUGGCUCUUGUAUGUACGUACGUCAUUGCUAUCCGCAGCUAUGGAACGUUUGUUUGGGUGCUCUAAAGCGCCCAGAAAUUCACAAUCUUGUGAUUCUCGGCAACCCGGGAAUCGGCAAAACGUUUUUUGGCUAUUUCAUCUUGCUACAUCUUGCACGUCGUAAUGAAACAGUGGUUUUCGAGCCUGCCAGAGGGGAGGAUCGUUUCUUGUUCUGUGGCGGGACAGCGGUUGCAGGAUCGAACACGGAUUAUAAAGAUGUUCUCAAUCAGAGUGAAACAUUUUACGUUGUGGAUGCCAUCGCGCCAAUUAACUACGCGGCGAAGACAAUCCUUCUUACAUCACCACGACCGAAGGUCUGGAAGGCUUUUCAUAAAGACCAUUGCAAACGGUUUUAUAUGCCUGUCUGGACUGAGCAAGAGAUUCUGCAAUGUCGUGAGCUGAUGUACUCAGACAGGCCAUUGGAAUGCGUGAUGGAAUGUUAUCGUAGGUGGGGCGGCGUUGCACGCUAUGUCUUGUGCUUUGCGAUGGAUCAGGAUCAACAGGAUUUGCUAGUUGAAGCGAUUGAUGAGGUUAAUUUGGAGGCGAUCGUCAAUUCGAAUGGAAAGAUGAGCGCGAAUGAUAUGAUGAUAUCGCACCGGAUACUUCACUUUCGCGUCAAGGACGAUUUCACUAAUGAGGGGGGAAGAUUACUGGCAUUUCUUUCUUCUUGUUCAAACAUCGGCUCUUUUGCAGUGGUCUAUGGAUUAUUGUUUGAGUCGUAUGUGCAUUCAAUUCUGCCCCGUGGUGGAAGGUUUCGAGUUCGACGCUUGACUGAGGGUUCGGAAAAAAAAGCUGCAGGUGGGGAGAAGGGCGAUAGCAAGAUUACACGAGUCACCACUGAUGAAGAUAUUGAAGAAGUUGUGUUGCAAGAACGGGAAGUUACCGUUUUCGAGGGAAACGCUCGAGUGACCGCUGACGAUCCGCCAACAUACCUGUUGCCUGCUUCUGGUAAUUUUGAAUCGGUGGACGCAAUGGGCACGCCGAAUGAACUUUUCCAAAUGACUUGUGCAAAAGUGCACCCUUGCAAACGUCAAGGUCUUCGCAGAGUUCUGGAUAUGCUUGGAGAUCCAGCUGAACCGCGGUUGUAUUUUGUUGUUCCAGCUGAUGUCUUUGGGGAUUUUGAAUUUCAAAACUAUCAGAAAAGCAGGAGGAAAAAGGCAAAAGACACGCUGGACACUGACGAUAACCUGAAGGAGCUGAAGCAAUAUGUCAUGGAAAUUCCUCUUGUAGAGGAAAGUAAAAGAAUGAGACCUCACGAGGAAGAUUGUACAUGCCACCAGUCAAAAAUGGCGAAGCUCGACAUCAAGUAA